AUCGGAUCCCCCUUAGACUUCUCUCCCCUCCUCCUCCACCUCACCCCUCACCCCACUCCAUGGCCCGACCCCUCAAUCUCCCAACCGCCCUCUUUCGCCCCCUCUGUUUAGUCUCUCACAAGGGACUGGUUAUUUUCUCUCCAAAAUGUACACUAGCAGAUCCACGGUGUACGACUAAUGUGGCGGGCAGAUGGUGGAAGCGUUUUAAGGCACGGGUACAGCUUUAACACCAAGACUCAUAGGCCUGCCUCCUGCGGAAGGCCCCCGUUCUGACGGUAGUUGGGACUGACUUUCUCUUUUACGACCGCCUCAGAGUUUACUACUACCGGCCGGGUUGAUCUGUCAGGACUCCUGUAGCUCUCGACUGAGCUAGAUCGGUGUCUACUGUAUCAACGGGAUUUGCCGAGACCACCAUGAGUAUACUAUCAUGCUUAUACUAACUUUUACAGUGACGGGAAGAAGACAUGGAUUACCCGGGUUGUCUCCGUGACUGACAGACGACGGGCUUGGGCUGGUCGGGCAGGACCGUGUGUGUUGUGGGUCUGGUCCAUCCGUGAUGCAACCGUCAUUCUACAAACGUGGAAACUGGAUGUAAAACCGGAAUACUACCCCUAUUGAUUUCCACGGCGCCUGUUAAAUGAAUAACUGUCGAAAAUGCAAAAAGGCAAUGGAAGAUAUAUGGCUGUUCCGCGGAGCAUACGUAAUCCCUGAUGACACUCUCCUGAUUAAAAGGUAGAUUUGUGGCGGGGUCAGGGGUCAUCGCUCGGCUGUCGAGCGACUAUUGAUUAUACAGUUAGUGGAUUUGAGCCUCAUAAAUAUUCAUACACGGCUGGAGCGUCUGCUUGAAGAAGAGGCGGCUUAAUCAUGGCGUCAUACACGCACGUGAGGUCGGCGUCCAAUGUGCCUCUGCCGAAGAGAGUUUGUCGAAAGCUGAGGUUGUGCGAAGUGACAGUAGCCGCGAUGAAGGUGGAAAUACGGAGAAUAGACUUCUGGCGAGCUGUGAUUAGCGAGUGUUUAGGGAUGCUGCUUUACGUUUUGCUGGGUUGCAGCUCUACAAUGACGUGUGACGUUCAGUACGUGGUACGCCACGGAGUCGGUGACGACUACAGGAAUGACGCCCGUUACGUUGUGGUCGCGUUGUGCUUUGGCCUGAACGCCAUGGCGUUAACGCAGUGUUUUUCUCACAUAUCUGAGGCGCAUCUUAAUCCAGUUGUGUCUCUGACAAUGGCUGUCACCUGUAAAAUUACACCGUUACGGGCUAUUCUGUACAUUGUGGCACAAUCGUCUGGAGGAAUUGCGGGGGCAGCUGUAUUAUAUGGGCUGGCGCCAAGCUCCUGUCAACCCAACCUGGGCGUGGCCAGGCUACAUCCGGGGAUGUCAGUCGCGCAGGGCUUCGGCUUGGAAUUCCUCAUCACAUUUCUCCUAGUCUUCGUCAUAUUUGCCACAGCUGAUCCCAACCGGAAGGAGUCAUCCUCAAAGGCCAUGGCCAUUGGUCUAACCAUCACAGCCUGCCAUCUAGCGGCCUACGAUUUUACAAGAAGCGCCAUGAAUCCCGCUCGAGCUCUUGGUCCUGCUUUCGUCACCAAUUAUUGGAAAGACCAUUGGGUUUACUGGGCUGGACCGUUGGUUGGAGGUCUUUUAGCGGGAGUUUUAUACGAGUAUAUAUUUGAUCCUUCUCGAGGGAAAAAGAGACCCCCUGCAACGCCUUCUAAACGAGCCAGCGCGGUCGAAGAUCCUGAGAUGCUCUCGUUGACAUAUCAGACGAACGUCCACACCAAUCGCUGCGUUCGAGACAGUUACAUAUCGUCCAAUGGCGUGCCUGUUGAUAUCUACAACGGUGUACCAAAUACUCCACAGCGACGUUACGCAAAAACAAUGUAUUCUCCUGCCCAUAUCAUAACACCUACUAAUCAUUCCGGCUUAGAAAACCAGGCCUACUCUUCAGAAAGCCACCACAGACGAUCGCUGAGCUUGAUACAAGCCACAGCCCCUCCUCCUCCUCCACCAGCGCCCCCUGAAGUAGGGGAAGCAAUCAUGAUGGAGGACGUAAGAGGUGGUAACUAUGAACAGAGACAGGGAUGAGGCCUUAAACGAAGUGUAUUGUUGGUUUUACGUAUGCUUGCGCUAAAUCUAGCUUGCAGACGACCAGAGCGACACUGCCACAGCUAUGAAACGAAAACUAUCAGUGUGUUCUAGCUGUGAUCCGUUACCCAGUGUAUGUAAUCAUUGGCAACGACUACUCCCUGCCCUAAGACAUCUCGUCCUGACAGAUAAAUUAAGGCGAUUGUAUGUUGGCGAUGCGCGAUGCCUUGAUGCAUGUGAAAAUGACAACCGGAGUGCACCUGUACUCAGAAACACAGAAAAGCACCACGCACGCCUUGCUUCUCGCUGUGAAUACGAAUAUGUGCCAAGAGUAGAUAACGUGGAUCAUAAGCAAUAGACCUAACUCCACGGCUUCAUACUGGCUACCGAUGAUUGGCUGAGCCUUUCGCAGAUCAGCAGGAAAGGCGUUGUCACGACAAAAAUUAACCAUUCGAAAGCCUCCAUGCUGUGUGUUUUUACGAAAGGGCAAUGGUACAUGAAAGCAAUAUUUCUGAGGCAAAGACUAACACUUUUUUAAACUUUAUAUUUUUUAUCAAAUCUGUGCGGAAGAACGUAGACAUACAGAACGCUGUUUAUUGAAGUGUAAUUUCAAAUCAUAUUAUAUGAUUUCCAAGCACAAACUCUUUGUGUUUUUGUUUCGAUUCCUUUUAUAUCGAUAGAUGGCUACAUGUACGAAUUGCUUCUUGGGCUGAAUUUUGAAGGACAGUCUUCCAGAAUAUGCAGCAAAAGUUUGAAACAGUUUGAGGUGGAAAAAAGCUGGCUACUUUUAAAACGGUAUGGUUAUUAUUUAGAUACACUUGAAUUAAUCUUCACGUGUUCUUUUUUUUUGAGUUGUGGAUGAAGAUUUUAUUGUUUUAAGUUAGAGAAUAAAUGUCAGACAGUAUAGUGCUUGUUUUCCUGUUCUUAUGGUGAACAUAUACCAUAUGACAAAAUCAUUGUCAUUCAGAGGGCGGUGAAAAAAAUACCCUAAACCAUUUUCAUUUAUUUUUUUCUGAACUUUGGAUACGUUAUAUACAGCUUUACGUUACAUAACUUUCCUUUCUUUGUCUAUGGCAAAUUCUGAAAAUUUUCUGUGAAAAAUAUUCCUCUAGUGCUCCCUUAAGCUCAUUCCAGUAAGCUGCGAUGACACUGAAAGUUAUGUAAAAAAACCUUUGAGAAAUACUGUAAGGUCUGAUAAAUUCAUCUUGGAAAAUAACUGGUUUUGUGGAAUUUCUUGGUGAGAAGAAAAUGUAACCAAACUAUGUGCAGUAUUUCUGGACACCGUUUUCUGUAAGUUUUCAGUUUGUGUACAAAUUAUUAUUGAUUAAGUUUGUGCCGUUAAAGUUAAAGACCAUAGUUUUUUAGUUUUGCUGCAAGUCAUAUAUCAAAGUUAUAUACGUACAAAUAAAACA